CUUCUGCCUUGAAUUUCCUCAUGUUGCGUGUUAUUAGCAAUGUUUGGCCCAUUCGUAGCGCAAAUAAACGAAAGGAUGAUGGAAAGCAAGUCUUUGUCAACGUCUACGAUAUGAUUGAACCAUGUACUCUGACCAACUUUGGUUAUUUCAUGGGCGUUGGCAUUUUCCAUUCUGGUAUAGAAGUAAAUGGUAGGGAAUAUUGUUAUGGAGGGCAUCCAUACGAUUUCAGUGGCGUUUUUGUAGUGGAGCCUAAAGUCGGACCACCUGGUGUUCUGUUCAAACAAUCCAUCAACAUGGGCUAUAUUGACCUUGAAGAGGACAAAAUUACAGAACUGAUACAAACACUAUCUGGAGAGUACUCCGGAAACUCCUAUAAUCUGCUAAAUAGAAACUGUAAUCACUUUACAGCAGACCUUUGCAACAGACUGACCAGCAAAACUAUACCGGGCUGGAUCAAUAGGGCUGCAAAGCUAGGAACUAUGUUUCCUUGCGUUCUACCGGCAGAGUGGGUUGAGCCUCCAGAGUGCGAUUGUAAGCCUACUCCAUAUCGUUUCAUAGCAAAGGAAUCUAAAAUAACUCAAUGUUUAAAAAACCCUUCUAGUUACAGACGGUGAAGACCGUGAAACAUCGCUUUCCCCAGCAAUGUCAUUUUCGUCAAACA